AUGGAACCAGGCGGCGAAAGCACGCAGUACGUUUCGCCCUCUCGCACCCACCAUCUAUACACUAACCAGGGAGAUAGGUAUGAAUCCAUUCGCACAGUCACGAACACUCCUCCCAAACAAAAGGGACAACUUGGGGCAAAUGAGAAAAACACCAUCAGCGAACUGAAAAUUCCGUCCAGAGAGACAAAUGAGCAAAGGGAUAGUGCCAAUAUGAAUUUAAACGACCCACAGUUUGCAGGAAUGACGAGUAACGUCUCGGGGGAGGUUGAUAGAGAUUUGAAGCCGGAUGUGCACGGCAUCGACGAAGAGGCGCGACGAACGAGGGCGGCGCAGAAACUCGGACGCGGUAACAAUAUUGGCGCUUAG